GGGAGGCGGGUCUUCGGCCGGGAAAGUGGGCGUGGCCUGAGGGGAAAUCGCCUAGAACGCAGCGGAGGUCCCAGCCCGGGAGAACGCCCUCUGCGGCGAAGGAGAGGUCACGCCGCCAUGCCUCCCGCCGGGCCCCGCGCAGCCCUCCUCCUGCUGCUGCCUCUGCUGCUGCUGCUCCGCGCUGCCCUGGCCCUGCCCCUGGAUGGAUGCCUCGGGGAGCCGGGUCUGGGCCCCCCGCUUCAGGCGGGGACUGAGCUGCUCUGUUCCUCUUUGUCUCCGCAGGACACAGGUCUGUACUAUCACCGCUACCUCCAGGAGGUCAUUAACGUGCUGGAGACGGACGGGCACUUCCGAGAGAAGCUGCAGGCCGCCAACGCGGAGGAUAUCAAGAGCGGGAAGCUGAGCCGGGAGCUGGACUUUGUCAGUCACCAUGUCCGCACCAAGUUGGACGAGCUCAAGCGGCAGGAGGUGUCGCGGCUUCGGAUGCUGCUCAAGGCCAAGAUGGACGCGGAGCAGGAGCCCAGUAAGCAGGGGUGGCCCCGGGACCUGGAGCUGCUGAUCCAGACGGCCACCCGUGACCUUGCCCAGUUCGACGCAGCCCAUCAUGAAGAGUUCAAACGCUACGAGAUCAAGGAACAUAAGAGACGCCGUUACCUGGAGUCACUGGGAGAGGAGCAGCGAAAGGAGGCAGAGAGGAAGCUGGAAGAGCAACAGCGACGGCACCGAGAGCACCCCAAAGUCAAUGUGCCUGGCAGCCAAGCCCAGUUGAAGGAGGUGUGGGAGGAGCUGGAUGGAUUGGACCCCAACAGGUUUAACCCCAAGACCUUCUUCAUACUGCAUGAUAUCAACAGUGAUGGUGUCCUGGAUGAGCAGGAGCUGGAGGCCCUCUUCACCAAGGAGCUGGAGAAGGUGUAUGACCCGAAGAAUGAGGAGGAUGACAUGCGGGAGAUGGAGGAGGAGCGGCUGCGCAUGCGGGAGCACGUGAUGAAGAAUGUGGACACCAACCAGGACCGCCUCGUGACCCUGGAGGAGUUCCUCGCGUCCACCCAGCGGAAGGACUUCGGGGACAACGGGGAGGGCUGGGAGGUAAGGUCCCCAUGCCCCCCGCCCACGGAGGAGGAGCUGAGGCGCUUCGAGGAGGAGCUGGCGGCCCGGGAGGCCGAGCUGAACGCCCAGGCGCAGCGCCUCAGCCAGGAAACCGAGGCUCUGGGGCGCUCCCAGGGCCGCCUGGAGGCCCAGAAGCGAGAGCUGCAGCAGGCGGUUCUGCAAAUGGAACAGCGGAAACAGCAGCAGCAGCAGCAGCAGCAGCAAGGCCACAAUGCCCCAGCCCCUGGCCCCGAGAGACAGCUCAUGUUCCAGCCCCACAACACAGAUGACGCUCCUGUCCCAGCUCCAGCCGGGGACCAGAAGGAAGCAGUUGCUUCAGAAAGGAAGGUCCCUGAACAGCCCCCGGAGCAUCCCCCGCUGGAUGCCCAGCACCUGUGACCCUCUGGGAAGGUGGCAUCUGGGCUCCUACGGACGCAGCUGCUGGGAGGACGGGGAAGCGUCACAGUCCGCCUCCUCUGAGGACAACACGGGGCCUCCUAGGGAAGUGGGAUGAGGCGGCACUUUCCACUUUGCCACCCAGGCCCCUAUCUGCUGCUUAGCUUCCAGCCUCCGGGUGUGUGGUCCCUGCUCUCUGUCCCCCUCCAGGGACCUGCUCCUCGUGUCCAGUGGGGGCACGCACAGGGUCAGCUAGCUUAGGGGCCCCCGUGUCCGUGCCUCGUAGGUGGACUGGUCUCGCUGCUCCGGGUUGGGCCACUCCAGCAUCCUGCAUCCCGCAGCUGCUGCUCUGGGCCCGUUUCUGCUGCUUUAUGGGGCGUGGGUGGUCCCUCGAGACCUUUCUCUGCCUUUUGUGGGACCAGCGAUGCCUUGAAGACUGUGUAGCCCACGGCUGGGCCGACUCCCUGACCCCUGGCUUUCAGCCUCCUCAGCCUCGGCCCCUCCCUGAUGGCCUGGCCAUCGCCCCCUCAGCCACAGGCGGUCCCAGAGCUGACAGAGCCCAGGACCGGGUUCCCGCCCCUCAGCCUCCGCGGGAGGCCCAGGCCCUCCUCCCCGGCCUUAUCUCACUGCUGUGCGGCUGCUGUGUAUCCCGCCCCAUCCAAGUACACUUCCUGGAACAAG